AAUCCAAAAAUAUAAUCUCACUUUCAAGGACUAUUUGUGUUAAUUAAAUAUUAUUUAUUCCUUCUUUUGAAAUGUAGCCCAACACCUAAAAGAACAAGAUAAGGGGUUUAAAACAUCUAGUCGAUUGAUCAUUUGGGGAAAUCCUUGACGGUCGAAACUCUGGAAACAGUGGAAAUCAAACUAGUUUUGACAAUCGAAGCUAAACCCUUUUUCUUCUUCGAUUUGUAGGCUCUUGAAAAACAUGACGUUGGAUUCAUCCUAAUCCAAGAAACCCCAAAAUUUUCUGCUAAAAUUACAGCAUUAGAAGAAGAGAAUGUGCUCUUCUUCCUCUCUAUCCACCUUUUUGCCUAUACAUCUCCCUCGGAGAAAUCGCCUCUUUCUUAAAAUUUCACACCCAUUUCCAAUUUUGACCGAUGAAGGUGUUCUCAGACCCAGAAACCCUAGAGGACGAAGAUUAAUAUCUCUGUCUGCGUCAAUUACUCGAGAUAACUUACAUUUGUCUUGGGUUUCUUCUGAUCGACGGGACGCUGAAGACUACAAUGGUUGGGCAAUUCUGGAAGAAACUGUAAGCGCAAAGAAACACAAAGAAGGGUUGCCUACAUUUCUCGUGUUUGGUAUUGGGACCUCAAUUGUGGCUUUACUUGCUGUGUUUGCUCGUUUUACUCUAUCAAGAAAAGGCCGUGUUUUGCGAUUUGCCAGUCCAUUUCAUGUCUCUGUUGAUGAUAAAUCACUGAGUUCAGAAGAUACAUCAAAGGUGGCUGAAGCUCCUAAUGAGCCAUUGAUGGAAAAUGUUUAUGAAGAAGUUGAUGAGGCAGCAGAAGUAAUUGAUCAUGUUAAGUGGGAAGAAGGAAAGCCUGGAAGAGUUGUAGUUCCAGUUUCUGCAGAUGCUACUCAGCAGGAGGCUCUAUUGUGGUUGAAGAAUCUGAAGAUCAUUGAUGACGAAGUCAAUGCAGAUGAAUUGUGUACUAGGAGAGAAUAUGCAAGAUGGUUGGUUCUAGUUAACUCCAGACUUGAAAGGAAUCCGAAGAAUAGGAUAAUCCCAUCUAUUGCACUUGCUGGAUCUAUCACUAACGCUUUUGAUGACGUGAGGGGUGAAGAUCCUGAUUUUGAGUACAUUCAAGCCCUGGCUGAGGCUGGCGUUGUUCUGAGCAAGCUGUCCGGUAAAAACUUAACUUCUGAUUUGGAUAGUUCAAAGAGCUCUGGAGGUGUAAACUUUUUCCCUGAGAGAUUGAUAUCACGUGAGGAUCUCAUAGGUUGGAGAGCCAAGUUAGAGUAUGAAGUCAUGCCAGGAGUAAAUGAAGAGAUAUUAAGGAACAAAAUCGGCUUUCUGGAUGCAAGGGAUCUCAAGUCGGAUGUGUUGCCAGGGCUUUUUAUGGACAUGCUGGCUAACGACAAAAGCAUAAUGAGAAAAGUUUUUGGUCAGGGCAAGCGGUUUCAGCCCGGGAAACCGUGCACCAAGGCACAAGCAGCAGUGGCACUGACAAGUGGAAGAAUUACCGAAUCAAUUCACCAUGAAUUCUUGAAGCUAGAAGCUGAGAAAUCUUCACGACAGUUUGCAAUGAAAGAGAUCAAAACAGAACUUCUUGAGAGAGGAGAGAUACAGAAGUAUUGGGAGAAAAAACUCGAAGAUGAAAACAGUCGUCGUUUGGAGGUGGAAGUGGCUUAUCUGGAAGCACUUAAAGAUUUGGAACAUCAUAAGAUUGAUCAAGAUAAUGCCGUGGCUGCAUAUUUGAAGGAGAAAGCAGCUUUAGACUGUCAAAAGCAGCUACUUUCUAGGCUAAAGGAAGAAGUAGAUGAAAUGAACAGGAGACUUACGAAUGAGCGGGAUAACUAUGUGGACAAGCAACAUAAAAUCCAUAAUACCGUUGGUGAACUAGAGGUCAAACUUGAAAGAAUUCUUGAUUCAAAGUCAAUACUCGAAGCUGAAUUAGAAGCUCUUCGUAUACUGAGAUCUUGGAUAGAGGAGGAGGCAAAAAAGGGUGAAGCUCGGACUAAGGUUCUCGAGGAAGUUGGGCGGAGGUGGAAAUGGGGUAGUCGUUCUUGAGCAGAAGGUAUCUGUGGACCCAAAUCGUUCUUUAGUUGAGAAACCAUUUGGUUUGAGAUGAUACAGAAACAAGGAGGUUACAAAUUGUGCCCUUUUCUUAUGGUGGCAAUGAAGGGGGGAUUAGCAGUUUUCAACAUUCGUUUCUUUGAACUUUUUGUGGGGAUUGUUUUUAUUCAGUUUAAAUGCAGCAGCAGGGGUAUAGACCCUUUUUUGUCAAGAAGGCAAGGGCGGACCAAACCGAGCCAACUUGUUUGACCUUCUGGCAAGCUUUACUGUAGCGUGGCUCGGAGUUGGCAACUCUGCGAACCGUUGCUAAAUGAGCUGAGAUAUGGAGUCUGUAUGGGCCAACUAAUGUAAUUUAUAUUUUUAAACCGUUAAACAUAGUCUUGUAAUGGGUUUUAAUUUUACAGGAUUUCAUAUGGAUGGAGUUAGGAUUGAGCUCAUAUGGGCCUAUAUGAUCCCACCAAACCUCUUUGAGUUGGGCCAAAGCUUGAUUGUUUAGCCUGUUGAGCUUUCGUAUUUAGAGCUCGACAAGGCAUAAGCCAACGAUACAUGU